GGGAACACACACCAACUCCUUUAGCAAUAACAUUUAUCUCUACUCUUUCUCUUAAACAAAGACAAAAUUUCAUUUCCAUGGCAUCACCAUCAGCUUCCCUAGUAUUCAAGGUCCGCAGGCGCAAGCCGGAGCUAAUAGCUCCGGCAAAGGCCACCCCUCGAGAGUACAAGCCGCUCUCGGACAUUGAUGACCAGGAGGGUCUCCGAUUCCAGAUUCCGGUGAUCCAAUUUUAUAGGUACAACCCUUCAAUGCAAGGGAAAGACCCCGCUAGGAUUAUUAAGGAGGCACUUGCAAAAACCCUAGUGUUUUACUAUCCAUUUGCCGGGAGACUUAGGGAGGGGCCUGACCGCAAACUUUUUGUCGACUGCACUGGGGAGGGUGUCUUGUUCAUUGAGGCAGAUGCAGAUGUCUCCCUUGAGCAGUUUGGCGAUGCUCUCCAACCACCCUUCCCUUGUUUGGAGGAGCUCCUUUAUGACGUUCCUGGAUCCGGUGGAGUGCUCAACUGCCCGUUGUUGCUUAUUCAGGUAACAAGACUGAAAUGUGGUGGCUUCAUCUUUGCUCUUCGCCUCAACCACACAAUGAGCGACGCUGCAGCUCUAGUUCAGUUCAUGGGGGCCGUGGCUGAGAUGGCACGAGGCUGCCUUGCCCCCUCAAUUCCACCUGUUUGGGAAAGACACCACCUUAAUGCUCGUUACCCUCCACGUGUGACAUGCACUCACCAUGAGUAUGAUGAGGUUGCUGACACCAAAGGCACUAUCAUCCCACUUGAUGACAUGGCCCACCGCUCUUUCUUCUUUGGCCCUGCGGAAAUAGCAGCCAUACGAAGAUUCGUUCCCCUCCACCUUCGAGGGUGUUCAACCUUCGAAGUGUUGACUGCUUGCUUGUGGCGGUGCCGCACCAUAGCCUUGCAACCUGACCCUAACGAAGAGAUGCGGAUCAUAUGUAUUGUCAACGCACGUUCAAAAUUCAAUCCUCCAUUGCCAGUGGGAUUUUAUGGGAACGGAUUUGCAUUCCCGGUGGCUCUAACCACGGCAGCUAAACUCUGUGCAAACCCUUUUGGAUAUGCAUUGGAUCUAGUGAGAAGGGCUAAGGCAGACGUAACAGAAGAGUACAUGAAAUCAGUGGCGGAUAUGAUGGUGAUUAAGGGGCGGCCUCACUUUACCGUAGUGCGGUCCUACCUGGUGUCAGAUGUCACACGAGCUGGAUUCGUAGAUGUUGACUUUGGAUGGGGAAAACCUGCAUAUGGUGGGCCUGCUAAAGGUGGAGUGGGGGCGAUUCCAGGUGUGGCUAGCUUUUACAUACCCUUCAAGAACAAGAAGGGAGAGAAUGGUAUUGUGGUUCCACUUUGCCUGCCGGCUCCAGCUAUGGAAAGGUUUAUCGGGGAGCUGGAUAGCAUGUUAAAGGAGCAGCCUUCUAAAACCAUUGUUUCUGCACUGUAAAAGAAAAAUGGCUGAAAAUGGUAGUUAUUUUCUUUUUCGAAGGUGGAAGAGACAGACUUUGAGGGAUUGAAUAAUAAUGUAGUGUAUCUGGUGUUUUGAUAUUAAUUAGAAUUUAUCUUUAAUCUCU